UUAAUUGGACACUCUAAGAGAAAAUUUAGUUUUCAAUUACUAACAAUCAUUUUUUAUCGAUUAAUUUAUGAAUGCUGCAGCCCUUUGAGAAAUAAUGAGACAAAUAGUGUGAUUUCUAUGGCUGCUGCUGUUGCUUCUUCUUCUUCAAUCAUAAGCCUAUCCCUUCUCCGCUUCACUGCCACCAAAUUAUCUCCAUCUUUCUCUUCUUCCCCAUUAUUUCUCAACUCCAACUCCAAACGAAAGAGUCUUGUCCGAUUGUUUUCAAUGGCAAAAGAAUCACCGGCGAACAAUCCAGGCCUUGAAGCUACUCCAGAUGAAGCUACUAAAGGUUACAUCAUGCAACAAACCAUGUUUCGAAUCAAGGAUCCCAAACUCAGUCUUGAUUUUUAUUCUCGCGUUCUCGGCAUGUCGUUACUAAAGAGGUUGGAUUUUCCAGAAAUGAAGUUCAGUUUGUACUUUUUGGGCUACGAGGACUCUGCAUCUGCUCCAACAAAUGCAGUUGAUAGAACAGUUUGGACUUUUGGUAGGAAGGCUACUAUUGAGUUGACACACAAUUGGGGUACUGAAUCUGAUCCAGAAUUUAAAGGAUAUCACAAUGGAAAUUCAGAUCCUCGUGGUUUCGGACACAUUGGGAUCACAGUUGAUGACACAUACAAGGCAUGUGAGAGAUUUGAAAAACUAGGAGUGGAAUUUGUGAAAAGACCAGAUGAUGGAAAAAUGAAGGGGAUAGCAUUUAUCAAAGAUCCCGACGGCUACUGGAUUGAGAUUUUCGACCUCAAAACUAUCGGAAAAGUCACCGAAAAUGCUGCUUCUUAGCUUAAGAUAAUAAUUUCAUCAAAUGAGAUGCUGAUAUCAAUGUUGUGGACACUUGACGCCAAAAAAUCAUGCUUCAUCGUCUGUAUCACUGUCACUGAUUUCGACUUUGAAUUGCGUUUGGUAAACAUUUUUCGUUUUCUUAGCCAUUUCAGUUGCUUUGUGCUCUUGUUUUUGGAGACUACAGGUCUAGUGUGAUGACUGUUGUGUAAGCUUGAACAAUUUACCAUCUGUUUUAUUAAACAUUGAGUAAUUAAGUUUCCAUUAAGUUAUUUUUUUAGGAAAGAUUGAGUAAUUAGUAAAAAGAUAAAUUCUUGAGUAAA